AUGCCUUCUGCUGCUACUUUGUCUCUGAGCAACUUCCUCAACUCGGCGGCCUCCUCUUCCGCAAGUCGAAAGAGGUCUCACGCAGAAGCUACCAGAUCGCAAACCCGAAGCCUAACCCCAGAGGUACCAGCGAAACGCCGCCGCUUGAGUUCCAUGUCUUCUUCUCCUUCCAGCCUUUUCUCGGGUUCGCCUCCACCUCGGCCUACCACUACAAGAUCAGAACGUGCCGGAUAUGACCAUCGAAGGCCCGCAAUGUCUACACGCCUCAACAGACUAUCGCAAGCACCGGACGAAGGUACUAUCGAUUUGACAGGCGACGAUAGCGAUGUCACCACCGUCACAGAUUCCUCCCCACGACCUCCCACAAGACGGCCAGCCCGACCAGCCCGACCAGCCCGACCAGCCCGAGCCCAAUCCAGCGACAAUAGAGCCCCUCGGGCCCCUCCAUUCUCGCAACGACGGACACAUCAGCAUCACGAUGUCAUCGAUUUAUCAGAAGAGUCGGAUUUUGAGAUUGACGAUUUCACUGUCGAGAACGACACCGAAUCAGUACGGUCUGUCCAUACACUAGCCUCAAGUCCAGAAGUCCAGUUCCUACGAGAGCAACCGGCUCCCCCAGGUAGUCGUCGACCUGAUCCCCCACAGCCAACUCGGCGUAACCCAAGCCCACGACACUUGGAUGGAGGCGGGCCUUUCGGGUAUCUUCCAGAUUUGUUCAGAAGAGGGACACAAUUCAUGUUUGGGAUGGGACCCAAUGCCUACGACCAAGUAUUUCAAGAUCAUUACGGUGGUGACAGGCUGGUAGAUUUGAGGGCGGACGAUACCGCACGAGGGAAUGACGAUCCUGCGGAACUCACCAUCCAGAUGGACUAUCGGCGACCUGCUUUUGCCCUGCAAGCAUUCACAAUGCUUGAUCGCAGUUCGGAAACUCCGCAGGUGGUGGACGAGCCCUACAAAGCUCCGCCACCCCCUCGAGAUGGAUUCAUCCGAACGUUCAGCGAAGACGAAGUCGUCCUAUGUCCUCGCUGUGGCGACGAGUUGGCAGUAGGCAAAGACGAUACGAAGCAGCAAGUCUGGGUUGUGAAGAGUUGCGGACACGUAUACUGUGGAGAUUGCGCAUCCCAGCGAGCGGCGAAAGCAACACCCAGGAAAAAGCCCAAUUCCAAAGCUUCCCAGAAGUUGGAAAAGUGCGUGGUAGACGAUUGUACCAGCAAGCUGACUGGCAAGAUGGCCAUGUUUCCAAUCUAUUUGUGA